AUGUCUUCCCCAACAUCUUCACAUUACCCUAAUCCUCAACAAACAUUUCCAAAGCCUAAGUACUCACUUAAUUUACGUCCAGAGGAUUGCUCUAAUAAUUCUACUAUGCCUCCACUUCCCUCUCCCUCACUGCAAAAGCAACAACAAAAUAGUCCAAUUUCUCCUUCCACAGCUCGUUGUCGAGCAGCAGCAGUUCAACGGCAACAGGGUUCUACUGAUUCCGCUCCGACGAGUGCUGGGAUUAGUAGUAUGAAAAGAAAAGAGAUUUGGGCACGUGUUGGGCCUUCUUCUUUUCAUCAAUCAUUUGAUAUUCGUUCUGAUCCAAUUACUAAUUUCUCGACUUCUUGUGGCCAUAUAAACGAUGCUGUUGGUGGAGGUGUUUGUUGUGCCUGUAAAGGAUAUCGAACUGAACGAAGAAGUGGAUUUUGUUCAGGGGACAGCAGCAGGGAUUCUCGUAGUCAUCCAGGGAAUGCUGCACUGACUUUGUAUUGUGGAGUUGCUGGUUGUUCUGGCCAUCCUUCCUGUCCAGGAGUUUCUUCUAUUCAUCAAAACCAUCAUCAUCACUUAAACAAUAAUCUUCGAACUGGACGGUCUACACAUUCUUCUUUUGAUGAGGGGGACCAUUCUAGUCAUUUAAGUAAUGCUGGUGGUGGGCCUCUACGUGAUACUUAUUUGACUGAGAUUUCCCGAGAAUGGAUGUUAAUGAAUGGGGCGAUUGCUCCUUUUAAAAAUAUUUUACAACAAGCCAGUUCAAUUGCAAGCACCCCUCUGCCCAAUCACCGUCCAUUCCAAUCAAUAGCCACCCCAGCAGUCGCUGCUUCGGCUGUCAAUACAGCUUCUGCUAUAAUGGCCGUUGGUUCACGUAUUGCCGGAGCUACUCCUUUUGGAAAUAAUUUACAAAAAACUAAUGAUGAUAAUGAAGUUAUUGGAAGUGGAGGAAGAUUAAAUAAUAAUUUUGUUGGUCCAGCAGCCCUUAAAAGUAGCUGUUUUAACCUCGCAAUGUCUGAACAAAAUAAUAACAACUUUGUUUGUAAUACAAAUAUAGAUACACCUUUAACAGCUAAAUCAGAAAAUUUUGAUCAACAAAAACAAAUUAUAAUUAUCGAACCUGACAAAAAAUUGGAAGGAGAUCCUUUACUGAAGAAAUCCCUCUCGUUGAUUUUUAAUGAUGGUGAUAUCGAAUCUCAAAGACCUGGUGCUGUUUCUGCCAUUGGCGGUUUUGGUGGUGGUGGUGGGCAUUCUGCCCCACCUGGACCUCCAACAAAUAAUAGUGAAAGAGGAGGAGGUCCAGGAAGUGUUUUAGAUGAAUCUAUUAAUUGUUCUGUUAAACAACCUUUAGUUAAAGAAAAAGAACGUGGUGGAAGGUUUAUUAAACGGCAACAAUUAUUUAAUAAAAGACGGGUUACUUCUGAUUAUGCUCUUUUCUUUUCAUUAUUUGGAAUUGUUUUGAUGAUAAUUGAAAAUGAAUUUGCCUAUCUUCAUUAUUUUAUGAUUUGUACAGCAUUUAAAACUGUUAUUUUAUUAAGUACAAUAAUUCUUGUUGGAUUAGUUGUUAAAUAUCAUGUUCAUGAAAUUCAACUAUUUAUGAAUGCAAAUAGUGCAGAAGAUUGGCAAAUUGCUUUAACAUGCCGUAAAAGUAUGCAAAUAAUUAUUGAAGUUGUUGCCUGUGCUAUUUGCCCUUUACCUGUUCAAUUAGAUGGAAAUUUUUGGCCAACGGUUCCAAAACGUAUGCCAUUGGAUGUACUUUUCUCUAUCUUAAUGUUUUUCCGUCUUUAUUGGCUUUGUCGAGUAAUGCUUUUACAUUCUAGACUUUUUACUGAUGCUGCCUCUCGUUCAAUUGCUGGGUUAAAUAGAGUCAAAACAGAUGCAAAAUUUAUUUUAAAAACAUUAAUGACUAUUUGCCCUGGAACUGUUUUAAUGUUGUUUACAGCCUCUUUAUGGAUGAUUGGGGGAUAUAUUUUAAGAUUAUGUGAAAGGCAUAAUUCAAUUGAAGAUCCAACAUUAAAUUUCCAUGCAGAAAAACAUCAAAGUUAUUUAAAUUCUCUUUGGCUAGUUGCUGUGACUUUUUUAAGUAUUGGAUAUGGUGAUAUAGUUCCAAAUACACAAUGUGGAAGAAUAAUGGCUGUUGUAACUGGAAUUUUAGGUACUUGUACUUCUUCUAUGGUGGUUGCUGUAAUUGCUAGAAAAUUAGAAUUAACUAGGGCAGAAAAACAUGUCCACAAUUUUAUGAUUGAAACACAACAUACAAAAGAAAUGAAACAUAUUGCUGCAAAUGUUUUGAGAGAAACUUGGCUAAUUUAUAAAAAUCGUCGUCUUGUUGAUAAAAUCGAACCAAGUCGCAUCCGUUACCAUCAAAGAAAAUUCCUCGUUGCUAUUUGUGCAUUAAGAAAGCUAAAAACCAGUCAACGAAAAUUGGAUGAAAAUAGAGUAUCUUUGGGGGAUGUUGCUAAAACAACUGCGCAUUCCCACGAUUUAAUGAGGGAUGUACAUACUACACAGGAAGGAAUGGCUCUUCGUAUUACAGCUGUUGAACAUCAACUUUCUGACAUUCAACGUGAAUUAACUAGUUUAUCAGAACUUCUAAGAUUUGCUCUUCGCCCACAAAUAGAAUAUAGUUGUCCACAGCAAUUUCAACAUUAUGACCAAAAUCAACAAGAACAUCCAUCUUCUAUGAUUACUUUAUCUACAACAACACAUAUACCUAAUAACGGCCAACAAAAUGCUGUUGAAACUCGGCAAAGGAGAAAGCCUUCAGCACUUUCUGAACCUAUUACCUAA